GUGCGGUGGGCGUGGCCUGCUGAUAAGAUGCGUUUCCCUCACAAUGAGUCAUUUAUUCUAAAAGAAAACAAAAAUAAACCGCACAUUUCCUUAGCGACCAGUUUUGAUAACAGUAUUGGGUGUUGCAUGACUCUUCUGCACAGAGUAAACUGAGAGUUUUAAGCCCACUCGGUGUUUCCACUGCCACCUGUCAGUUGGAAGCCCCGCCCCUUCCCUAUCCCCCACCUGUCCGUCAUUAGUGAUUAGUCAGGCUUAAAGCAGAGGAUCCUGGACGCCAACUCGCUGCUGCAGCGAAUCCCGGUGCUGCACCAAGCCCUGGAUCCUCGCUAAUCCACCACAUGAUGCUUGGAGUCAGAGAAGCUUUAUUUGAGCCGUCUGCGGCAUCGACCUCACACUCCGCUCACCUGUGGACGACUUGGACAGCUGAUGGUCCACCGUGAAGCAGCAUGAACGGAUACGAACCUCCAGCUCUCGCCUCGGGCGUCUUCGGCUCCUACAGCUCGCCCAUCAACGGCCAUGAUGCUCCAUCUCCAGAGCCUGCAAUGCACAAAGCCAAGACCAGUGCCAAAGCUCUUUACGAACAAAGGAAACAUUACACCAAAACCAGCAUCAACAGCCUGACAGACACAUCGCAGUAUCAUGUGGAGCACCUGACCACGUUUGUGCUGGACCGCAAAGACGGGAUGAUCACGGUGGAUGACGGCAUCAGACGCCUCCGUCUGCUCGAUGCUAAAGGGAAAGUGUGGACACAGGAGAUGCUGCUGCAGGUGGAGGAGAAGAUGGUGAGCCUCAUUGACUUAGGAACAAAGAACGAGCUGGAGAACUUCCAGAUUGGCUCGAUCCAGCACUGCCAGGCCGUGAUGAACGCCUGCAGCUACGACUCCAUCCUGGCUCUGAUCUGCAAAGAGCCGGGUCAGGUCAAACCCGACCUCCACCUGUUCCAGUGCGACGAAAUCAAAGCAAAUCUGAUCCAAGCUGACGUAGAAAGUGCCAUGAUGGAUGCCAAAGGAAGCAAAGUGAAAAAACGGCCGGAGACCCUGAAGAUGAUCCUGAAGAGCGAUGGCAUUAUCCCCCCUCCCCCUUCCGCUCCUGCCCCCCAGCCGCCACCGUCACCUGAUCUGGUGGACGUAAAGAGUCGUGCAGCAGCCUGGUCGGCAUGGACCAAUGAGCAGUACGAGGCAGACGAUAGACGGCUGUCGCAGGACAAUGGGCCGGUGGAGAUGACGGCAGCUCGCGUAGAUCGCGAUGUGCAAAUCCUGAACCACAUCCUGGAUGACAUUGAGUUUUUCGUCACCAAACUUCAGAAGGCUGCCGAGGCCUUCGGUGAGCUCUCCAAGAGGAAGAAGAACAAGAAGGGCAAGAAGAAAAGCCCCGGAGAGGGCGUCCUGACGCUGCGCUCCAAACCUCCGAGCGAAGACGAGUUUGUCGACUGUCUGCAGAAGUUCAAGCAUGCCUUCAACCAGCUGGGGAAGCUGAAGGACCACAUCCAAAACCCGAGUGCCGUGGAGCUGGUCCACUUCCUGUUCACACCACUAAAGAUGGUGAUCCAGGCUUCGGGCAGCGUUGAUCUGGCUCGUAGCGUUGUCAUUCCUCUGCUGACCAGAGACGCCAUCGACUUCCUUCACGCCUCGGGGACGGCGGAGGAGAGACACUUGUGGGUUGCCCUGGGAGACGGAUGGACAAAGAGCAGGCUGGAGUGGCCGAAGGACCACUACUUCCCGCCGUGUGUUCUGAGGUUUCGUGAUGGUUGGGAACCACCUGCGUUGCCGGCGACAACCCCGAGUCGUGAGCAGGAGCUCGCUCAGCUUGCUGAAAGCCUCGCCAACGCCAACCUGCAGAGACCGGAGGACCCAAGGCCGUGGGUGGCUCAGGAGGUGGCGCUGCAGAGGUUCUCCCCUGCUGACGGGUAUGCCUUCACCAACACCUCCUACAAACGCAUGCAGAUCCUGGAUCAGGACACGGCCGUGGCUGCUUUCAAACACGCCGCCAGCCGCCGUGUAGACCGAGGCUUCGACGCUGAUGGCAGAGGGCAGCCCAAAAUGUUUGCCAAAUCGAAGUACGACUUUGUGGGGAGGAACAACACAGAGCUGUCGGUGCUUAAAGACGAGGUGGUUGAGGUGCUGGACGACAGGAAGCAGUGGUGGAAGGUUCGUAACGGCUGCGGUGCAACGGGCUACGUGCCAAACAACAUCCUGGAGAUCACCAAAGCGGUGGACAUGACCAGCCGAGGAGAGCCCAUCUACAGCCACACCGUCCAGCUUAUGAUGCCAAGGAGGGAGUUUGAGUUGUUCAAGCAAUUACUGGGAGAGCUUAACGAGAAACAGACCACAAGGACAGAGUUUGUCCCCAGCCAACCCGUUGCCACACCAAUGCCCCCAGCCCCCGCACCGGUUCCUCCUGCUCCAGCCCCCGCCAGGGUCCCCACGCCGCCACUGCCUCCUCCGGCCGCCGAGCCCACAAAGCUGGCCGCCGGCAGCAGCACAGUCAGCCGACAGAACAGCAACGCGUCCAGCGACAUGGGCAGUGUCGCCAUGAGGGAGCAAAACAGCCAGAAACCUGCUGUUGCCGCUGGCAGCCGAAGGAAGUCGAACAUGGAGGAGGUCCAGGACGAGCUGAUGCACAGGCUGACGCUCGGUCGCAGCGCCCAGAAGAAGUUUCAGGGUCCCGCCCGCAGUGGCAGCACGCCAUCGGUCAGCAUCACGUAUGACUCGACACCAGAAGAGGUCAAAGCAUGGUUGGAGGCCAAAGGCUUCAGCCCCGUCACCAUCACCAGCCUCGGCGUGCUCACUGGCGCUCAGCUCUUCUCGCUCAACAAGGAGGAGCUGAGGACGGUUUGUCCUGACGACGGCGCCCGAGUCUUCAGUCAGGUCACCGUGCAGAAGGCGGCGCUCGAGAAGAGUGCAGGCUCCGAGCUGCAGGAGAUCAUGAGGAGGCGGCAGGAGAAACUGGCAGCCAGCACCUGUGAUUCAGGGGUGGAGUCUUUCGAUGAAGGCGGCGCCCACUGAGCUCCACCCAGCUCCUCUCCUUCCUUCCUCCCUUCCUCUUCCCUCCCUCUGCUGUACCUUAUCCUUUUUUUCAAACCGCAGCCUGCUGCUCUCUCAAUCCUCAGGCAGCGGCUGACCGCGCGGCGUUCGUGGAGAUCAUGCGGCGUAGACAGGAACUCCUCAGCUCAUCUCCAUAGAAACAAACCGACCGCCCACCGGACUGCCACACACACAAUAUUCUGCCAUGUUUGCCUGGAGUUCACAUGAACACUUUGGGGACUCGUUUAGUUGGUGAAAAGCUGUUUGCUCACAGUUUCCAAAGCAAAGCCUCGCAGUAUUAACAUCAGUGCCGCGCCCGGUCCUCUCCGCUCCAUCACUGCGGUCAGGUCACACAUAGGAGCGUUUCAUGAUGUAAUGAUGUAAACACACUGCACUCUAAGAAGACUCGUGGAGCUGAGACAUUCAGGAUUUAUGUCUUUUGAGUUAAGAUUGUGGAAAAGGCUAAAAGCAAACAGGAAGUGCUGAUCCUGUGUUUUUAUUUCCAAAGAGGGAUUGACCCUGCACACGUGGAUUAUUCCCUCUGUGCCUGGGCACAGUGAGAUCACGGAGAGGCUAAAACUGAGCCUGGUACUUUAGACAUGCCUGACUGCUUGUUACAAAAAUGAAAUUCACUAAAUGAAUAUUAUUCUAUCAUCUAUGCUAACAGACUGAUAAAUAUACAUUUAAAUGUUUUUGAGAGUUAUUUGAUGGGAUUUCAUUUUCUCGGAUUAUUUUAAAACUAGAAGCAAAAUGAAAUGCACAUAACUUUAUAGAAAUAACUUAUGAAGAACAUCUGUCACAGAGUGAGUGAUCAGAUUUCUUACAAGGAAAUGAUAUUUGGUAAUCAGCAUUUUUGCACAUGAAUAAAAAUGCUGUUGUUUUUCAGGCAGAGGUAACAACCAAUGAAACAAGCCGAAGCAGCUGAGGUGUUUGUAAUGGCUCAGAUCUGAAAGUCUUUCUUUGACUUUGUUCUGAGGGUAAAAACACAAAAUGAAUGUAGCUGAACUCAUCACGCCCCGUCCAAAGCAACAGGUAGCCUCAUGUUUCUGUCUCAUUGGUCAUCUUACCUGUUCGAGCUGCAGGUGAUGUGAUGCCAGCGAUUGCUGACUAUAUUCAGGUUUAGUAAUUGCCAUUACUAUCAGCCUCCUCGUGAAAAAAAUGGGGGGGGGGAAAUCUACAAAUUGAACUCUGUAUACUCAAUCGAAAACCUGAUGGAAAAGAAAAAAUUUUACCCCAGAAAAAUCAGCAUUUUUGUUCUUCAGCUCCACAGAGUUGCAUUCUGUCUGGAUGAGCUCGAGUGCGCCCCCCUGUGGGACAGGAAGUUCACAGGUUUAAGUUCACAUUUUAAAGGUUACACGCACACAUUCACAUGGACUUGAUUUUGAACUGGAUCACAAUAACGACUCACACUAAGGAGUCCAGACCUUUCACAUUAAAAGUUGAAAAGGGUGUAAUCUGUUUUCUUAAAAGGCUUUUAAUGUGAAAAAUCUGUCCUUUUUGAUCACUCUGAAAACCACCCAACCCAAUCAGUGAGGUGACCACUGGGACUGAAGCGAUGAUGUGCUCUAACAGUCACGGGUGUGAUGGUUCCCGCUGUGACUGGAUUGGUUCGUGCUGGUCACGAGCACGCUCAGACAUUAUUUGAACACUGGCUAUUGUUUGAGAAUUUACCGCCAAAAAUCAACAACAGAAGAUGUUCAGAUCAGUGAGCAGUAAAUAAAGUAAAAACAUGCAGACUGUUUCUGUUUGUACAAGCAGCCUGAAAACACUGUAAAUGAAAGAUGUAAAUGCUCAUAGAAAAGGAAAUGUACAGAAAUGAGCCUGUACUCACUGUGGCAUUGAUUGUAUUGAUUUUGUUUCCACUUAUGCACUUAAUCUUCUGAAGGAAAGUUUUGUCUUUGUCUGAACUGUAGCACAGCACUGUAAUACAAAUAAUGAUUAAAGCAGAGUAGUUCAGUUUAUGGAGAAUUGCUUGUUGCUAAUGAGAGAACAGUAAAAGUGUACGUAGUGUAGUUUUACCCAAACAGAUGUAUAGAGGCCAAUCAGGAGGAAAGGUUAGAGUUCAUUUGUACGUGUAUAGUUUUCUUCGUGCCUUUUCCAUGUAAAUCUGCUCAUUCUGCAAUAAAACAUUUACUAAAAGCA